GUUCUGUGUGUGGUGAGUGAGUAAAGCAUACAUGGCGUUACUAAUGCUAACAUAACCUACGGGCAUCGAGUGUGACGCACAGGCCAUGUGCGAGUGCGACACGUUUUCUCCAGACCUGUAACGUUUUAAACAUUACAAAGAUGACAUUGAAGAAUUUUCCAAGAGGAGGAAAGAAGUUGCAAAGGAAGAAAUCAUCAGUUUCGAUUCAACAAAAACAUGAGAAAGUCAACAAAAAGAUUCGUGAUAGGGGAAAUGCAAGGAAGAACACAGAAGAAGAUGCAAAUUUUGCUGCCAAUACUGCAGAACGUUUAUCAUAUGCAACAGUUUGCGAAGGAUUAGUAGUACUGGGUUGUAUUUUUGAAGUAACAGAGUAUGAUUUGAUUAUAUCUUUACCUGGAGGUGCAAUAGGUCGUGCACAAGUUACAGACAUUAGUGAAUCAUACAAUAAUCUAUUGCAAGGCUUGAUUAGGUCUGAAGACGAUCAGCCAAAUGAGUUUAAAUCAUUACCCGAAUUGUACUCCCGUGGGGAUUAUGUUGUAUGCUAUGUAAAGAGUAUACAUCCACAAGAAAAGUGGCAAAUUAUAUUAUCUCUUGAACCUCGAUUGAUAAAUCAGAAUUUGAAUGUGGAUUUCUUGAGUAAUGGCGCAAAAAUAGUAUGUACUGUUAGCAGUAUAGAGGAUCAUGGUUAUGUUGUAGACACAGGGGUAACUACUGUGAGAGGAUUCAUACCUGCAAAGGAGCACAAUAUUGAGAAAUGUUUGUCCCCAGGUAGACAAGUCUUGUGUCAUGUGAAGGAGAUUAAAACAAGUGAGAAUACAGCGACAAUUAAGCUAUCUACGAAACAGGGAUUGGUUCAAGCAGUUAACGACAUUGAAAUCAAAUCAUUAGAUAGCUUGAUGCCAGGAACAAAUUUUAAUCUUUAUGUAAACAAGGUUCUCUCCAAUGGAUUGUAUGUUUCGUUUGGUAACAAUUCUGUGGGUUACAUAAAUCAACUUUACCUGGAUGAACCUUUAUCCAAAUAUUCAAAGGGAAUGGAAGUUACUGGCAAAUUACUCUAUAUUUUGCCAACUGUGAAAUUUGGGUACUUUAAUUUAACAAAAAAUAAGUUAAAGGAUAAUUCCAUAAAUCCAGGAGAUAUUGUAGAAGAAGCAGUUACCCUAUUUAGAGAAUCUGGCGGAAUUGUGUUACAAUUAACCAAGAGUGGAGUAAGGGGAUUUCUACCCUUGAAAAGAACAAACAUAGAUUUUGACAAAAUUAUUGAAAAAUUUGUACCUGGUAGCAAACAUAAAUGUCGAAUAUUAUCAUACUGUUGGAUGGAUGGCACUUAUGUAUGUACAAUGCAGCAUUCGCUGAUGCAACAGAGGUAUUUUUCGCUUUCUGAUUUUAAACCGGGCGAUUUGGUAAAUGUAAAGAUUACAAGUAUCAAUGUGGAAAAUGGUUUUGUGAAUGUUCAAGUUGGUAAAAUUAAUGGACACGUUACGUCGGAACAUGUAUCCGACGAAGGAAGAAGCGGUAUGAGAAAACUAAAAGUUAAUAAAGAAGUCGAAGCAAAAGUGUUAUCCAUUAAUGGUGAACGGAAUAAAGUAUAUUUCACUUUGAAGAAAUCUCUUUUAACGAGCGAUUUACCCGUAUUAUGUGAUAUAGAAGAGGCAAAAUGUGGAGUCAAACACCAUGGUACCGUUGUUCAAGUAAAUAAGAAUGGUUUAUUAGUUAAAUUUUUCGGUGAUGUUAAAGGUUGGGUCCCACGUUCUGCAUUAGACAACGAAGCGUCUGCUGUAAAUUGGAAUUAUUCUAGUGGACAAACAAUUAUGGUUAAGAUUGAAUCAGUAGAUAAAAGUUUAAAGAAGAUAAUUUUAAGUAUAGCUAUGAAAAAUAUAAAAACAGAAGAAAACUUGUUUGUUAUCGGAGAACAUGUAGAAGGAACAAUCACAGACUCUUCUGUUCAAGGUGUAUACUUGAGAAUAAGCAAAAACGAUGGACAAAUUGUUAGCACAGGAUUUUUACCUGCUGGGCACAUGACGCUCUGUAUGGAGACAGCUGCUUUGCUAGCUUCAAAAUGUAUUCCUGGAGACACUCUCUCUGCCCUGGUGUUUGCUACAGCGCCUAGUUUGAUUCUAACCAGAACUUUCUUGCCGGAAGAAAAGUAUAGAAAAUUCGAGAAUCUAAAAGUAGGUAAUUGUAUACCAUGUUCGAUCAGAGACAUAGAACCAGAUGGUGUGAGAGUCUUAUUACCCAUCACAGGAUGCUCGCCGUUCGGAUAUGUAUCUUACAGUAAUGUUAGUCACUUCAACAAAUUGCAAACGCAUCAGAUUUUAUUUGCAGCAAUCACCUCUGUUAAAAGAAAACAGAAACAAUUGGGUUUGACGUUAUCGUUGAAGAGAAUAUACGAUGGAUUGACUGAUACUCAAAGUAGGAUGAUGGCUGCGGUGGACACCUUAAGCUUGUACUUCAAUAAAUUAGCAGAACUAGCACGAAAUCCGUUUUACGAAAAUAGACCAAUCUCGUCAGUCACUUUGGGAGAAAAAGUCACAGGGAAAAUUGAUAAAAUUACAGAUAACGGUCUCGUAGUCCAAUUACCAAAUAACUUGUUAGGAAUAGUACAUAAAGAUCAUUACCGUGGAGCACCAAAGGUAGGAGAUACAGUUUCAGGAACUAUCCUGUGGAAGAAUUAUAUGCACGAACUUGUUGAAAUGACAAUGAUACCCUCUUUGAUGAAAAGUAUAAGUGCGAAGCAGAACGAGGAACUAGACAUUCCUGAAGGAAAAGUAAUCAGAGGUCAAAUUUUAAUGGUGACAAACUGGUUUAUCUUAAUUAUUUUAAAAGGGAUUGGUAAAGGCUCCUUGGCAGCAAUGCCUGCCAGACGGCAUAUGAAUGAUGUGCAACCAGACUUGUCACCAUAUUUUGUUCAUUCGAAAAUUAGGUGUUACAUUAUACUAAAAUCUGGCGAAUUAGAUGUCAUGCCUAUCUGUAUGGUAAAAUCUGCAUUCGAAUCGAGGCGCAUCACAGAAACAAUACCACCGAGUAAACUUAGCUUGAAAAGGAAGAAGGAGAAACAGGAACGUGACGAGGUACCUGUUAAAAAGGUAAAGAUAGACAAAGCGAAGCCAAAAAUUGAAAUUGCACAUGGGAAGAAAGGUCAUGAUGUAAGCACAACAGAAGAAGCAAACGAAGAAACAUUAAAUAAGAAGCAUGUUAAACAGAAAAAGGAAAAGAAAUUGAAGAAAAUUGAAGAAGAGAAUGAUGCGCCAGAUAAUUCUAAUGAUUCUUGUAACAUUAAGGAGGAGCCAAGAAUACCUGAAUGUGGUUUCUUCUGGGAUGGGACACCAGAUAUGAGUCUUCUUGACAGUAACGUAGCGUCUACCGAUAGCGAGAAUGAAGUAGAGCAACAACCGAAGCAGAAGAAGAAGAAACUAAAUGCUGCGGAACGUAGAGAACAGGAGAGACAAAAAGAGCGUGAAAUUCGCCAGAGGGAAGAAGCAUUAGCCAGUAAUCAAUUGCCAAAUUCUGUUGACCAGUUCGAUAGACUGGUGAUGGCGAGUCCAGAUAGCUCGAUAAUCUGGUUGCAAUAUAUGGCGUUUCAUUUACAGACAACAGACAUUGAAAAAGCGAGAGCGGUUGCGAGAAGAGCUGUCAAAACUAUCAACUUCAGGGAAGAGAAUGAAAGGUUAAAUGUGUGGAAUGCUUGGCUAAAUUUAGAAUCCAAAUUUGGGACUCCUGAAUCAUUGCACGACGUUUUCCAAGAGGCGGUGAGGACUAACGAUUCUUUGAAAGUGUACACGCAUAUGUUGACCGUACACCAUGAGGCUGGCAGACAGGUAGAAUUAGAGAAAACAAUAAAUACUAUACUUGGGAAGUUCAAGCAGAAUCCUCAAGUGUGGAUCGAUUGUGGUACAGCGUUGUUGAAGAUGGGUUUGAAAGACAAAUCAAGGCAUAUUAUGCAAAGAGCACUGCAGUCUUUACCACUAGCAGAACAUGUUAAUGUGAUGACGAAGUUUGCGCUUGUGGAGAACAAAUUUGGGAAUAAAGAAAGGGCACAAACCUUGUUCGAGCAGAUUUUGGCUUCCUAUCCAAAGCGUGUGGACAUAUGGUCAUGCUAUGUAGACACAUUAAUAAAAUCUAACGAUAUUGAUAUUGCAAGGAAAGUACUGGAACGAGCAGUUGUUCAGACGUUGCCUCUGGCUGCCGAAUACGUAGAGAAGCAAUGUAGCAAUACAUCGAAUCAGUAA